AUGAUGCGAAUUUGGGGAAUUUGUUUGCUGCUGGCAAGUGUCCAGGCGCUGCCCACCAAACACCUGAAUCACAAUGCCACAGAGGAACAGGAGCAGGAGCAGGAGCUGGAAGAGGAGACGUCACAUUGGAACGGGGAUAUCAAUUUGCAGUACAUUCAACGAAUUGAGAGCUAUAUGCAACCGGAGCAGGAUGCCUGCCACGAUUUUCAUGCCUAUGCCUGUGGCAAUUGGAAGUCGGUGCACGGCAAUGUGUCGACGAUGUCGUUAAGCGGCUCCCACAUCGAUCAACGCUAUGUGCACCUGUUCGAGCGACUGUUGCGGGAGCCACAAGCGUCGGAGCAUCGGCUGCCGAUGUUUCCAAAACUCUUGCGUUACUAUCAGAGCUGCUUGGCCUUGGAUAAGCCGCGAUUGCGUCACUAUCUGGAUCAUUUGCCGCCACGAAGCACCGAUCAUUGGAUGGAACUGUUGGCGAUCUUGGGACGAUAUGGACAUCAUGAGCACUACAUCAGGAUUACGGUGGCCCAUCACAAUGCCAGCCGGCACAUAAUCUUCAUGCAAGCCCAUGUGCAUGAGCUCAAAAUGACUCUAACCCCAAAUAUCUAUUUCGCCUUGCGGCGUCACUUAGAUGGCGAUUUGCCAUCGUUGCCGGAUUUGCGACAGCAAUUCAAGCAGUUGGACGCGACACUUUAUCGGCUCUCUCAAUCGGAGAGCAUCAACAGUGAAGAGGAGAACUUUAAGACAUACACGCUGAACCAACUGCAGCAGGAGCUGCCUGGCCUCAACUGGACGCACGCCUUGCAGCUAAAAUUCAAUGCCACCUAUGACGGCCAGCAUCAAGUGCAGGUGGAUGAGUUACCCCAACUGCGGCAACUGAUCGACUUCCUCAACCAGGCCGAUGCUCGUCUCUUGCGUUUAUACAGCCUGUCACGAUUUCUGCAGUAUUUGCUCCAGUUGCCGCACAAUCCACUGAACAAUCUGGUGAACAACAGAGCGCCAUCGAGUGUCGAGUGUGUGCAGCACAUGCGAAAGACGCUGUAUUUGGGCAUGAACUAUGCCUACGAACACAUCUACUAUGCGAAGCAGCGGGCUACGGAUGAACGCAUCAUCUUUCGCGUCUUUGAGGAGCUGAAAGCACAGUUCUCCAAGCAACUUCGACUGAACGAGUUCGGCUUGGAUGCCAAUCUGUUGUCGGCACUGCAGCAGAAAGUGUCCGGCAUGGCCAUCAACAUUGGCAACAUGCCGCACAAUGCCAGCGAACAGUUCUUUCGAGAGCGCGAGCAGCUGUGGCAAGCAACUGGUGACUUCUACUUGAAUCACUUCAAGAGUCUGCUGGAGUACAAUGCGCACCAGGCGGAGAUGGAGCGCACCACAAAUGCAACGCUGAAGCAGCUGUUCUACAGCUUCAGCUAUCAUGGACCCAGUAUGCAAGAUAAUAUCGAUGCCACACCGUAUUUCUAUUGCGUGAGCAACAUCAUCAUUAUGCCCUAUGCCUAUGUGCAGUUGCCCUUCUAUCACGCCCAAUUUUGGCCAGCAUUGCUCUAUGGCGAUUUGGGCAACACGCUUGGCCAUGAGAUGCUGCACACCUUGGACAGCUUCUUUGUGGACUUCGAUGCUCAGGGCGUGCAGCGCGACUAUGGAGAUCAGUUGCGACGUUACAGACAGUAUGUGGCUGGCAUCGAGUGUCUCAACAGUACGGCGAAUAUCACCCUAAAUGAACGCACCGCAGAUUUUAGUGGCACUCGGCUGGCGUUGCACACGUAUCUGCAGACGCCGAUGCAGCGACGCCAGCAUGGACGACUUUACUUUCUGCAAUUUGCACAAUUCUUUUGCGGCCAGGAGGCGGACGAAAGCCAUGAUGAGGGCAGCGUACGCUUGAACUAUACGCUCUCGCAGAUGCCCGAGUUCGCUGAGGUCUUCAACUGUACGCAGGGUACACCCAUGAAUCCAGUCGAGCGUUGCCGAUUUUGGUAG